CAGCUGGCUGCCUGUACUAGGGACGCCUGACUUCAGCUGCGCGCCUGCUAGAAAUUCCCUCCCGCUGAUUUGCUGAGGUUUUCACGCUAAUUAGGCACACAAAAGGAUGUUUAAAGCAAUGAUUAAUCUCGUGACAGUCAUGGGAGCAAGUUAUGAGGAAAAAGAGGGAUUAAAAUCAAUCAUCUUAGAAAGAAAACAUUAAGCGUUAUGACAGCGUUUUAUCAACAUCCUUGCAACAAGCCUCAGACAAGGUUAAAGCACAGACUGGAAAUGCCAAGAGGUGAUUCCCGCAUGUCUACUAUGCUUGGCAAAGGAAGGAGUGGAUAUGGAAUACCACCAGAACAGGCAGCAGGGAUUGCACUUCUUGUCAUUAUUUUUGUCAUAAUAAUGUUCGUGGGCUGCUGGUACUACAAAAGACGCAGUGGAUAUAGUUUGAUUCGGACACAGUCCAUGUGCGUCAGCAAUGGUGCUCUCCACUCCCUUUUGUCAAGAUGGAGAGAAGAACGGGCUUCUCUUGACCACAAAGUCCCUCUCCAGGAGUACUCCAACAUGAAUCCAACAGUACCUAAUGCUCCUCCUGCUUAUGAGAAGAUUGCUGUUGAGACACUGCCACCAGCUUAUUCUCCAUAAUGGAUACGGGCAGCAUGGAUGUGAUAAAGCCUGUGGCUUCCCACAAUGUAUAAUAAUCAGACUGAGGAAGAUGGAUCACAGGGAUUCUUAAUCGGAGAAUACUGCAAGCUUUAAAACUGCAUUUUUUACAAACAUAUGACAGAUACAAUUGCAUACAUGGAGUCUUAUGCUUAGCUCAUUAAAGUGCAAAUAUGACAAUAAACAGCAUAAACGUAAUGUAUCUUAUCUCUCCCACCUUUGGAAAACUUCUUUAUCUGAUCAAAAACAUUAAAGAUAUGCAUAAAUAACCUGA